AUGCGGAGAUCAGUAAUUGGAGGUGCCAAACGCAGUAGUCACUUCCUUCUCAAUCAAGCUCAUCGCUCCCUCCUCUCACCAAGUCCUCCUCCUCUGCACCACCAUCUUGGUUCUUCUCCUUCCUCCUCCGCCACCGCCCUCCUCCUCCUACUCCGGCGCCUCUCCUCCUCCUCCUCCGCUUCUUCUCCCCCUCCUCCCAACAUGUCGAACCCCGUUACCGUCCAAUCCAUAAACCCCAAGGUUUUGCAAUGCGAAUAUGCUGUUCGUGGAGAGAUUGUCAACCUUGCUCAGCGCCUGCAAGAAGAGUUAAAGGCUAACCCUGGUUCCCUUCCUUUUGAUGAGAUUCUCUAUUGCAACAUCGGAAACCCUCAGUCUCUUGGUCAGCUCCCUAUAACCUUCUUCCGAGAGGUUCUUGCGCUGUGUGACCAUCCUACGAUUUUGGACAAAGCUGAAACACAAGGCCUGUUCAGUGCUGACUCCAUUGAGAGAGCAUGGCAGAUUCUUGACCAAAUUCCCGGGAGAGCAACCGGUGCAUAUAGUCAUAGUCAGGGCAUCAAAGGAUUACGUGAUACGAUUGCUGCUGGUAUUGAAGCUCGUGAUGGCUUUCCUGCUAAUCCAAAUGAUAUAUUUCUCACAGAUGGUGCAAGUCCAGCUGUACACAUGAUGAUGCAAUUACUGAUAAGCUCCGAAAAAGAUGGAAUUCUGUGUCCCAUACCUCAGUACCCUUUGUACUCUGCAUCCAUUGCUCUCCAUGGUGGUAGUCUGAUUCCUUACUAUCUUGACGAAGAAACUGGCUGGGGCUUGGAAGUUUCUGAACUCAAGAAGCAAUUAGAGGAGGCUAGGUCAAAGGGGAUCUCUGUUAGGGCUCUGGUUGUUAUCAAUCCAGGCAACCCAACUGGACAGGUUCUUGCAGAGGAAAACCAGCGGGAUAUUGUGGAGUUCUGCAAGAAAGAGGGUCUUGUUCUUUUAGCAGAUGAGGUUUAUCAGGAAAAUAUCUAUGCUCCUGAGAAGAAAUUUCACUCGUUUAAGAAGGUUGCCCGAUCUAUGGGCUAUGGUGAUAAUGAUUUGUGUCUAGUAUCUUUCCAGUCUGUUUCGAAAGGGUACCAUGGCGAGUGUGGAAAGAGAGGAGGUUACAUGGAGAUCACAGGUUUUAGUCCUGAAGUCAGAGAGCAGAUAUACAAAGUGGCGUCUGUGAAUCUCUGCUCUAAUAUUUCUGGCCAAAUCCUUGCCAGUCUUGUCAUGAGCCCGCCCAAGGUUGGAGAUGAAUCUUAUGAAUCAUAUUCUGCCGAGAAAGACGGGAUUCUUGAAUCUCUGGCUAGGCGUGCCAAGACACUGGAAGAUGCAUUCAACAGUUUAGAGGGCAUAACAUGCAACAAAGCAGAGGGAGCAAUGUAUCUUUUCCCCCGGAUCAGGUUGCCUGAAAAGGCAAUCAAAGCUGCGGAAGCUGCAAAGACUGCCCCUGAUCUAUUUUAUUGCCGUCAUCUCCUAAAUGCUACUGGGGUGGUUGUGGUCCCUGGUUCUGGCUUUGGCCAGGCUCCUGGAACGUGGCACUUUAGGUGUACCAUUUUGCCGCAGGAGGACAAGAUUCCGGCCAUUGUCUCACGGCUGACAGACUUCCACAAGAGCUUCAUGGAUGAGUACCGUGAUUAG